AUGAAAAAAACAUCGCUCCAGUUGACCCAAAGUGUUAGCCAGAUUUCCAUAAACAGCUCUGCAUCUCUUUCGGAUGACUUGCUCAACACCAAGAGAAUGACAAUCGAAAGUAUGAUUGAGUCAACUCAGGUGUGUCAAGGUUCGGUACUUGCCACUAUAUGUGAGAUCGAAACUGAGGUUGAGUGGUACUUUCGAUCGUGUACUCAAUGUGCUACAUUGGUCACUGUUGACAAUGGAAUGCUCCGGUGUCGCAAGUGCAAAACUUGCAAAAGUGCUGUGCCUAGGUUCAAGCUGCAUGUCAUUGUGAUGGACGAUACAGGGUCCGCUACUUUUGUUCUUUUUGAUCGCCAAGUGACGCAAUUUAUUGGGCGUAAUGUGCAGGACUUAAUCAAUGAACAUGAGAAGGGAGAAGGCACCAAUGAUUAUCCUCCUGAUUUUAAUGUGCUUAUUGAAAAGCAAGUUCUUUUCAAGGUUGAGGUUGGUGAAGGAAAUGUCGUGAAGAAGUAUAGGAAUUAUGUCGUUAAGAAGGCAUCUGACGAUGUUGGUGUCAUCGAACAGUUCAUGUCUAAGUAUAAUUUGGAGAAACCCAACGAUGGAUCUGUGGAAGAGCUUAGUGUGAAUGGUGUUGCAGCAAACAAUUAUAAUGUUCAGGAUGUACAAGAGGCUGAAGACUCAUGCAACAAUACCUGUGUGAUUGGCACACCAACCAGCAAGACAGGUCUUAAGCGGUCCUCUGAUAGCAUUGACUCUGUGGCUGUUGAUCACGGUGAAGCUGGUCAAGCAUCUGUUACAAAACCUAACAGGGCUGUUCGUGUCAAGAUUGAGCCUAAAGACACUAGAGUUGUUUAA